UGGUGGUGGUGCUGGCAGCGGCAACUGCUGCUGCUGCUACUUCAAGAUGUCGGAUGAAAAAGGAAGAAGCCUGUUUAGGGAGUCUGGGAAACCCCGUGCUUUCACUGCACUUCCGGAGCAUGUAGCAACACCGCGUCAGGGUCAACUGGAAAGAAAUACAAUUCCCAUAAUACAACUCUCCAAAACCGGAAAUACGUAAUCUCCCACAAUGCACCGCGCUGGCGCGUAAUGCCGCUCGUAGAACUACAUCUCCUAAGUGCUUUGAGGUGACGGGAGCCGACAUGGCCAUCUUCAGUGUGUACGUUGUGAACAAGGCCGGAGGCCUCAUCUACCAGCUGGAUCACGCGCCGCGCUCCGAGACUGAGAAAACGUUUAGCUUCCCCUUGGACCUGGUGCUUAAACUGCACGACGAGCGCGUGGUGGUGGCGUUCGGGCAGCGGGACAGCAUCCGGGUUGGACAUGCUGUGCUUUCCAUCAAUGGCAUUGAUGUGAAUGGGAAAUACACUGCUGACGGGAAGGAGGUGCUGGAGUACCUUGGCAACCCUACCAACUACCCUGUGUCUAUCCGUUUUGGCCGGCCUCGCCUCUCCUCCAAUGAGAAGCUCAUGCUGGCCUCCAUGUUCCACUCGUUGUUUGCAAUUGGGUCCCAGUUGUCUCCUGAGCUGGGGAGUUCCGGUAUUGAGAUGUUAGAAACAGACACAUUUAAACUACACUGUUUCCAGACCCUAACAGGGAUCAAAUUUGUAGUGCUUGCUGAUCCACGGCAAGCUGGAAUAGAGUCCCUUCUGCGCAAGAUCUAUGAGAUUUAUUCUGACUUUGCUCAAAAUCCUUUCUACUCACUGGAGAUGCCAAUCAGGUGUGAGCUUGAUCAGAACUUGAAAGUUGCUUUGGAGGUAGCAGAAAAAGCUGGACCAUUUGGACCAGGAUCAUAGGACUUUUCCAGUGUCAGUACUGAGCCUCUCCUCAAUAGACAGCCUUUCCAGGAUCCUGUCUCUGGCUACAGCAGCAAGAGAGGAGGUCAUAAGCUCCCAAACUGCUUUUGUCAUCUUCAGAAAUGCUGCUUUAUUCUAUGGGUGUGGAAUCUACCUUUGCCUAAUAGUGAAUGUUAUUACAGCUAGGAACGGGCAUACAUGGCUGAAGCUAUGAUUGCAGCUCUAAUGCUGUCACUGUAACACAGAGGAAGGUUAAGACAUAACAUAGUGGUAAACUUCAGUUAUACUCUUUUUACUCAAGUGUGUGUGUAUGUGUAUAUUUCUCUGCAGCUUUAAUUUAUGGCUCAGACAAAUGGAGUACAAGUAAACAUUCCCAAAAAGUGUGGAUAAUUUAA